AAGUUGAAAGUCCGCGGCGCAGAAAUGACGUGACGGCCUUAGCUGCAUCUAUCCAAAUGAAUUUGGAGUUUGUUGCUCAGUUCCAAUUACAGGACGCCGAUUACGGAACAGUCCAUUGUGAGGGUCUUUUAAGGGAAGGAAUAUACCUACCUAGGUACCUAAGGUAAUUAAUAAAAAAAAAAAAAAAAAAAGAAGACAAAAAAAAGACAAAAAAGUAUAUUAGGGGAAACCCUAUUUUAUUUCAUUCUUUCUAACUUGUUAAAUACUACUUCUACUACUACUAGUAAUACUACUAGCCAGGUUGGUUGACAAACCAUAGUGGAUUUGGAACCUUUUAAUGCAUUAAGUGAGAGAGAUAAUACGAUAUUACCUAGGUACACACAAAGUGCAGGUUUGCCUACAUGCAUUGUUUCUUCCGCUUAAGGUCUUGUCCCAGAAUAUCUUACUCUAAGACACCCUACAGAGCGUUUCAUUCAACAGCAAUGUCAGUACAACUCCCACCCAAGCUUAAGCCUGCCGCGAGGGUUGCAGGCCAAAAACAGGAUGUCUGGUCUAUCGUCAACGAAGCCGCCGCUGCUUCCCCAAAGCAACCUAUUGUCAAUAUGGGACAGGGAUUCUUCGGCUACAACCCUCCACCAUUCAUCAUCGAUGCCGCCAAGUCGGCUUUGGAUCGUGUGGACUGUAACCAAUACAGUCCUACGAAGGGCAGGCCGCGACUAAAGAAGGCUAUCGCAGAUGCCUACGAACCCUUCUGGGGACGGAAACUCAACCCGGAGACUGAGAUCACUAUCACCACUGGCGCAAACGAGGGUAUGCUGAGUGCCUUCAUGGCUUUCAUCGAACCUGGCGAUGAGGUCAUUAUUUUUGAGCCUUUCUUUGACCAAUACAUCAGCAACAUCGAGAUGCCUGGUGGAAAGAUCGUUUACGUCCCUAUGCACCCGCCGAAAGAUGGAGCCACACGCACUUCAUCGUCUGCUGAGUGGGUUAUCGACUUUGAGGAACUCGAGAAGGCUAUUACGCCCAAGACGAAAAUGAUCGUUAUCAACACACCUCAUAACCCUGUCGGCAAAGUCUUCUCCAAGGAGGAACUCCAGAGGAUAGGAGACCUCUGCGUCAAGAAUGAGAUCAUCAUCCUUUCCGACGAGGUGUACGACCGUCUCUACUACGUACCCUUCACAAGGAUCGCGACUCUUUCACCUGAAAUCGAGAGAUUAACUCUGACUGUUGGCUCGGCUGGUAAAAAUUUCUACGCUACCGGUUGGCGUGUGGGCUGGCUUAUAGGCCCCGAACAUCUAAUUCGCUACGUCUCCGCCGCCCACACGCGAAUCUGCUACUCUUCCGUUUCGCCGUUGCAAGAAGCCUGCGCAGUCGGCUUCGAGCAAGCCGACGCCCAAGGCUUCUGGGACGAGACGGUGCGAGACAUGAAAGCGAAGAUGAAGCGCUUCAACGAAGUGUGGGACGAGCUAGGGCUGCCGUACACGGACCCAGAGGGAGGGUAUUUCGUAGUCGUAAACAUGAAGAAGGUCAAGCUGCCGGAGAACUACCCGUUCCCGGCGCACGUGGCGCACCGGCCGCGCGACUUCAAGCUGGCGUGGUUCCUGAUCCAGGAGGUCGGCGUCGCGGCCAUCCCGCCCACCGAGUUCUACACCGACGCCAACGCGCACAUCGCCGAGGACUACAUCCGCUUCGCCGUCUGCAAGGAGGACGAGGUGCUCGAGACCGCGAAGGAAAGGCUGAGAGGCCUGAAGAAGUAUAUACAGAGUUAAGAUAGGUGCCUAGGUAGGUACCUAGGUACAGGAGGUAGAUGAUAGAUGUCUCACUUAGCUUAGAAAAGCGAUGGGUUCGCAAGACGAUAGAUUUGCCAAUAUAACCACGUUAAAGUCAAAA